CACUCACUCUCCGCGCCAAUCCGGGGGGUGGCUUGCAGCCAUGGCUGCUGCGAACCCCUGGGACCGCGCGGCCGAGCCAAAUGCUGCGGGGCUACUGCUGGACCGUUUCGUAGCUUCGGGACUGGUCACUCAGGAGAUGUUAAAUAUAUCUAAGAAAUCAGCUUCUUGCUUUGUGAACUUCUCCAGACUACAGCAGAUGACAAACAUUCAAGCUGAAAUCUACCAGAAAAACCUGGAAAUUGAACUUUUAAGACUAGAAAAAGAUGCAGCAGAUGUUAUUCAUCCUUCCUUUUUGGCUCAGAAGUGUAAUGCUCUGCAAAACAUGAAUAAUCAUUUGGAAGCGGUGCUAAAAGAAAAGAGGUCCCUGCGGCAAAGACUGUUGAAACCCAUGUGCCAGGAAAACUUGCCUAUUGAAGCUGUUUAUCACAGAUACAUGGUACAUUUGCUGGAGUUGGCAGUGACUUUCAUUGAAAGAUUAGAAAACCAUCUUGAAACAAUUAGAAAUAUCCCUCAUUUAGAUGAAAAUCUAAAGAAAAUGAGCAAGGCUUUAGCACAAAUGGAUAUUUUGGUGACUGAGACAGAAGAACUGGCAGAGAAUAUACUCAAGUGGCAAGAACAACAAAAGGAAGUUUCCUUUUUUAUCCCCAAAAUACUAGCUGAAGAAAAUUAUCUUCAUAAACAUGAUGCUAUAAUGCCAUCUUUACCUUUUACUUCUAAAGUUCAUAUCCAAACUGUUAAUGCCAAGUGAUUGUCAAUGGUUUAUUUUUGCUUAAUUACAUGUAGUCAUGCAAAGUCUGUUUCUAGCCAGUUGUAUGUAAUAUGGGCAUUCAUAAGCUCUGCUGCUAGCAAUACUGAAAAAGCCCUCUUUGUAUUGAAAAGCACUAAGAUUCCAACUUCAUUAAGACCAAAUUGAGUUUUCCUUUGUUUUUCAUAUAUUUUCAUUCUACUUUACAGUAAAACUCUUGAAGAUCAAAUACAACUAUGACAAUUUAUUAACAUGAGUGCCUUAGCUAUAUCUCACUCAGUGGACCCUUUUAUGUCUUCUUUUUAUUUUUUAUUAUUUUUUAAAGUUUAUUUAUUUUGAGAGAGAGCACAAGUAGAGGAGAGGCAGAGAGAGAGAGGGAGAGAGAGAAUCCCAAGCAGACUCCGCACUGUCAGUGCAGAGCCCAACACGGAUCAUGACUCAAGCCAAAAUCAAGAGUCGGACACCUAACUGACUAAGCCACCCAGGUGUCCCUAUUAUAUCUUUGUAAAUGUUUGUUUCUGAAUUAGAAGAGUCUUCUUGCAUCUGAACGUAUGUUGAUUUUUCCUGUGGGAAAGUUACUAAGUGCGUACAAAAGAGCAAAUGUAGCAGGCUUAUGAAAGGCCUGCUUAUAAAGCCUGCUUGGCUGGCUUCUGGGAACUUAAGAUUUCAGGAGGGUUCCUUCCCUUCCCAAUCUCACUAAUAAGAGUUGCUCGCUAUGACUGAAGUGUUUGUACAGUGUGGUUUUUGGUGGGGGUCUUAUUUUUUUUUUUUUUAAUGCUUUUUCUUUUGAGAGAGAGAAGGAGCACGAGGUGGGGAGGGGCAGACAAAGGAGACACAGAAUCCAAGCAAGCUCCAGGCUCUGAGCUGUCAGCACAGAGUCUGAAGCAGUACUCAAACUCAAAAACUGUGAAAUCAUGACCUGAGCUAAAGUUAGAUGCUUAACCGACUGAGCCACCCAGGUGCCCCUGUACAAUGUGGUUUGUGCUGACCACCUUUCCUUCUGGGAGUCUAGAAUUUUGGUACAUGCUAAGCAGAAAGUACAUAUGGCCAGCACAUGAAAAUAACCCUGGGCAUUGCAUUUCUAAUGAGCUUCCAUGAAAGACAACAUUUCACACAUGUUCUGCCUUGGUUGCUGGGAGAAUUAAGCACAUCCUGUGUGACUCAACUAGCAGAGGACUCUGGAAGGUUGUACCUGAUUUCCCCUGGACUUUGCCCCAUGCACCUUUCCCUUUGCUGUUUUACUCUGUGUGCUUUUGUUGUAAUAAAUCAUAGCCAUGGAUGCAA